AUGGGAUCCACGCAGCAAGUGAGCCGAGGUGGUCAGGGGAAUCGCGUGCGCUGCUCCGCGACUAAUAACGGGCUGUCCGAAACAGCCGGGGGCGCGGAUGACUGGGUGGCGCGGUAUGCGGACGCGCUCAGGCUGCUGCCGCUCGCAGCGGGCGCGGCGGGCGGAGCGGUGGUGCUGGUGAACCGCGUGGUGUGGGGCAUCCCUGCCGUCGCUGACGCGGGCAGCGCGCAGGCACGUGCUGACGUCAUCUGCCUGGUCCUGGCCGCCUCCAUGGUGUUGUCGGGCCUCUCGUGGCUGGCGCUGCGGCCCAAACCACAGACCCCGGUGGUCCUCAAUGGUGUCCCCUGCCACCGAUUACUCCCAUCCCUGCCUCAACCCGUUCAACAAGAACUGAACUGGGCGUGGACUUCUCUCAGUUUCAACACUCCCUGCAAAGCCCUAGUCCUUAUUUUCAAAGGGCAGUGUAUUCUGCAAGCAGGCUGCAUGGCUCCAGCACCCAGCAUGCCUGGUGUCACUACUGCUGCCACAGUGGACGCUGAGAAGCUUCUUUCAGGCUCCAUCUGUUCCACGGUUCUCAAAUCUGGACGCCCAAAUUAUCUCGCUAGCCUCCUCCUGUUUCCAGCAAGAUAUGAGCUCCUUGAGUUCCUGCCAGACAAUACGCAGGCUGCUAUAGUACAACCUCUAGGGGAUGGAGACGGGGUGAUUGUUAUGGGCAGCGAUACCAUCAGAGGAUUCACUCCUCUGCAACAGGUGUGGCUUGGGAGCAUCGCGGAAAAACUUGAUGCAUCAUUGUCAGCACUCCAAGAGCAGGGUGCAUUGUAG